AUGAGCGAAAGAAGAAUGUCAGGCCCAGCCUCGUUCCAGUCGUCGGUUAGUGCCGUUUCAGCCGAAGAACUGAGUGAGAAAUAUCAGAAACUAUUUCAGGAAUUUUCAAAAAUAAAAGCUCAGCAUUCGAUACUAAAGAAAGCCGUUCUUAAGGAACAAGCAAGAAAUACAGAACUCACCGAACAAGUUAAAGUGAAAGAACAAGAUCUACGCAAUUCAAUCCAACAACUUGACCUACUUACGUUUCACAAUCAACGGCUUACCAAACGUAUCGAAAGUCUACAAGAUGCAAGCAAGGCUGUGAGUGACGUUAAAUCAUUUGUACCGAGUACUAGGCUGACUCCAGGUUGGUUAGUGGGUUCAGCUAAAAAGGAACUGGAAAAGUCAAAAUACACGCUUGAGACCACCUCUGUAGAACUGGGGCGAAAAAUUGAAGAAAAUGAAAUGCUCACUCACAUGCUUUAUGAAACCAAAAGCCUUUACGAUCAAGAUAUUAGUGCACUCCAAACUAGUAUAGCUGAAUUAGAGAAGAAGAAUGAGGAACUUGAGGUCGAGUUGUCACGUUCCAAUAUCGCAGGAGAUGAGGCCAUGGAUACUCUUCGUGAGGAAAAGCAACAGCUUGAAAAGGAUCUCGAAGAAACAAAGGCAAAACUUAAAGAGACAACGGAAAUAUUGAAAGAGAGCGAGAGAGCAAGAAAGAAUGCCACAAAUGCCAUGGAACAAGGCAUGAACACGCUUGGAGAGAUGUUAUUGAUAAACCUUGGAUUGAACGACCAAAAGAAUGACACGUGCUCAACCACUCCAGAGUCUAAAACUGAGGAGCAUGAUACCAGCGCAUCACUUGCACCCGGUGGGUCAAAUACAUUAGAAAAGGACACUGGGCGCGUUGAGAUGUCUGAAGGUGAUGCAACGCGAGAAUCACUUAUUAAGAAACAUUACGAGUCGAAGAUUCAGCAACUAAAUGAACGGUUACAACUGACUGACAGCACGUCAGUUAGAAUGGUCGAGGCCAUGAAAUUUAUGAAAGAAAAGCUUGCUGUUGCUGAGAAAGAGAUUGCUCGAUUACAAACAGACAAUAAAAAGUGUAAAGAGGAUCUUGGCCGUGUUAUAGCCGAGAAGAUCGAAGCAGACGGUUCAUAUAAAAAAGAAAAAGAUAUGAUGACUGAUUGGAUUAAUGACUUGCAAGCUCAACUUAAUAAUCCGUCAAAUUGA